AUGUUCUCAAUAGUGGCGGUUGGCUCGGUGACGUUUCAAGUGGGUCAGGAGGUGGCAGUGAUGGGGAAGGGAGAGAGGCAGUACGCGCUGAGCAAGUGCGACGCCGACAGUCUGCAUCAGUUGUACAUUCUGGCUCUUGAUUCUGGUUUAUUUGACUAUGUUCGUAACUUCAAACAAUAUCUUGUUUCAACUUUGCACCAUACUUUGUUGAGGGUUAUGAAGCAACCCCUGGAGUUUGGAGAGCUUGAAUGGCUAGCAGAUGUGGGCCUUUUUGGUGAACAGUUUCCUCAGGAACCUCUAGCCGCUGCUGAAGUUCCCCAGCUUCCAGUGACACAUACUAGCAAUGUUGCCUCACACAAAGCUGCUAAAUGCUUCAUGUCUUACAAAAAGCCUAGGAUUGAAGUCUUAGAUGAAGAUGAGGAGGAGCACUUCACUGUACCUGAUCUAGGCAAAAACACAUGA